CAGCGCUGUGGGUGCAGUUCAGUUCCCACGUUUGUGGACGGGAGCGGGACUGUCAGAGCACCGUCUGUGUCGGCACCGCUCCAGUUUGGUAGUGAGAGGCCAGAAAACCCAAAUAUUUUGGUGGGCGGGUGUGUGAGGACCAAGCUCUGCCGCCCUGAGGCCCCGCGGCGGGAGGGGCGCGGGCCGCGCUGCCCUCAGGGCCGCCUCAGCGGGCGGGACGUGGCGGGGAUGCACCUGCGGGGCUCGGCCUGAGGAGAAGCGGCUCUGCCCCAGCCCCGGGCCGCCGCCGGGCCCUCCUGCCCCAUGGCCGUGUCCCCGUUCUGCAACUCCUGCAUGCGCCAGCCCCUCAGCCCCACGCCGCUGUUCUACCUCACCAGCUGCGGCCACGUUUUCUGUGAGGUUUGCCUGCAGAAAGGCAAAAAAGAUGAAUGUUUGAUCUGUAGAAGUCCUUGUCGUACCUUAGUCCUUUCAAAAGAGAUAAGUCCUGAUAUUCAAUCACUGUUCAUGCAAGUAGAUGUAUUAUGCAAGAAAUAUUCAGCUGAACUAUCACAGGUUGCAGAAUUUCAAGAAAAAUAUCGUAAGCGUUUAUUAACACACUACAAGGAAAAGAUAAUGAAGCUGGAAGAGUCUCUCAAGAAAGUAACACAACAAAUGCAACAGAUGCAACGUAUGAAACCUCCUGAUAAAACUACACCGCUUCCAUUUUCCAGUAUGAGCAGAAAUACAUUUUCCAUUCCUCCAAGAAAACAGAAUGUUUAUUCUUCAAAUUCUCUUCAUUCGAGUCAUCCUUCCACUUCUGAAACGAUGGAGGUAAUGGAGAUUGAUCCUGUACCUUCACCAAUGAGGAGACUGGAGACACCAACUGGUCCCACAAGAUUAUCACUAAUAACUCCACCACAGAAUGGACAUAUGGGCAGUGUAUCCUACAGACGUUCUCAGACAGCUCUAGUAAUGCCAAGUCAGAAUGUUGGAGCAGGGUCUACAAGAUCCACCCCUGUGAGGUUACCACUUAGUGCAUGUCCAUUAUCAUCUGGAUCCCAGAGCAGUCAAAGGGGACCAUGGGCUAAUUUUGAUUUCAGAACCCCUCAGCUGCAUCCAUUUACAUCACCUUCUCCACAGCUGCCUCUGUCAAGGCAGCCAAUCACCAUCCCUGGACUUCUGCAAAGACAAGGAUCAACUAAUAUAAGAGGACAUUCAUCAGAGAGAUGAGCAAACAUCUGUGAAUUGCUUUUGUUAAGAAGCAUGUGGAAAAGCACUGCAUAGUCUCUGGAUAUCAAAGUAUUUGUAACUUCCAUAAUAUGUCAAAUUGGCAUAAACCAGAAAAUUGUUCAGCAUGAAUAUUGUAUUUAAAACAUCACUGAUCUUUCUGAUUAACAUCUACUGAAGUUUUAGGUGGGACUACAAAAUUUACUUGUUUUUCAAAAUAUUGGCUUCAAAUAUAUUGCAUAAAUAAAAGUACUUUAUUACCUAAGUGGUAGGGCAAGACAUGAUUAUAUGUUGAAUGAGCAUUUUUUGCUCUGAGUGCAUUGAACUACAGGAUAAAUAAUUGUGCCUGUACAGUAUUAUAGAUAGACUGCAGUCCUAAAAAAAGAAAUUUAUUUAUGGAUUUUUGAUUACAGAAUUCCAAAGUUUGGUUCUUACUCAAUGCAUCUCCUUUUUUUUGCACUCUUGAAAAGGGGUAAGUUUUGAUGGAUAUUGCAUUCUAGCAGGCUCUCCGAGCACAGAACACAGUAUCUGUUCCACCCUUGGCAAGUCCAUCAUUUGAUUUAGGUAGCAAAGAUUUCUUCCCAAAAUGGAAUGAAGUGGGGGAACUGGAAUGAAGAGACAAAACACAGCGAAGACUACUUUUACUUUUGCACAGGAAUAGCACUUUUGUACUCUGAAUGAAGGUGCCAGAAUGCAGCCUUUUCCUUCUGAGAACAACUCUGAAGUUCAUAUUCCCACCAUCACUGUGUACGUAGCAAAAUUUUGGUAUGAUUGAGUUAUCAAAUGCCUUUGUUUUGUUUUGACCCUAACUUUACCUAGACUAUUUUAAAUAUAAUAAAACUAAAAGCUGGUGCAUUUUUCUUGAAAUAAAGUUCCCUGAAUAUAUGAUAAAUUUCUUUUGAGUUGAAAUGUUUUACUUUUCACAUCACAAGUGGAUGGGAGAGAGAAAACUUAAUGAAAGAUUCAGGAGUUGAGAACUGGAAGAGGUCAUUCACAAAAUACCAUCAUGGGCAAACUAGACUCAGCUUGAGGAUAUUAAUUGAAUUUUUUUCUAAGAGAAUCACAGCAGGAUAAUAAGAAGUAAAACUUAAAAAAACCUUCCCUCCACCCUCACUCCUUCAGAGCUCUACCUCCUCUCCCAGAAGUGCUUUGAGACAGAGAAAGGAAGUUACAAUCAGUUCAUCACAUGUGUCUUCCACUGCUCAGGGAGAAGAAUCCUUGCCCUGCUCCAGCAUGGGAAUUUUCAGUUUCAUAUUUGCCUUAUUUCAGUGUAUAGCUGCCUUUUCUUUUACCAUGGGAAAGUUGAAUUUUCUCCUCUUCAGUAUUCUUAUACUUCAGAGUUUAGUUGGGAGCUCAAAGUCAGCUUCCUUCCAAGCAAACUUCCAGUCAAAAAUUUAAUUUUGCAGUGCCAUAGACAUGUUCAAAUUAAGGUGUGUAGUGUAAUUUAAAAAAUUCCAACUCUCCUUUAGUUCCAGAU